AAAAUGACAAAAAGGGGUUCUUCGUCGAAAAGAGUAGAUAAGAAACGAUCCCCAAAGCCAGAAUUGCCAGCACCCAAGAAGCGAAAAAUAGAGGAAUUGAUGAAACAAUGGGUACAAUGUGAGGAAGAGAAAAGGUCAACAAAUCAAAAAAGCUCGCCUUCUGAUAUGGAUUUGAGUAGAUCCUGCCCCUACCUAGACACUAUCAACCGACAUAUGCUAGACUUCGAUUUUGAAAAACUCUGUAGUGUCUCACUCAGCCACUUAAAUGUUUACGCGUGUCUUGUUUGUGGCAAGUACUUUCAGGGUCGUGGCUCAAACACGCAUGCUCAUACGCAUAGUGUGGACGAAAAUCAUCACGUGUUUCUGAACCUCGAGACACAUCGUUUCUACUGUCUUCCUGAUAAUUAUGAAAUUGUGGAUGGGUCACUGGAGGAUAUUACUUACCUACUAAAUCCAGUCUUUCAGAAUCACGUAAUUGCGAAGCUUGACACGAACGCUAAUAUGGUUCGGGCCUACAACGGUUUGGCGUACUAUCCUGGUUUCGUGGGUCUGAACAAUAUCAAGGCCAACGACUAUUGCAAUGUUAUCCUACAAUUACUGAGCCACAUAAGUCCACUUCGUGAUUUCUUCCUUUGUCCGGAAAACUACCAGGAGCAAAUUAAGCGGGCAGCAGCAGGAGACCAUCUAACUCUUCUAGUUCAUCGAUUUGGAGAGCUAAUCCGCAAACUCUGGAAUCCACGCAAUUUCAAGACCCAUGUCUCCCCUCAUGAAUUCUUGCAGGCCGUGGUGCUUUGCAGCAAAAAGCGUUUCCAAUUCACCGAACAGGGCGACGCGCUUGAUUUCCUCUCGUGGCUGCUGAAUACUCUCAAGCCCUCCGUCAAGGGACAGUCUACGAAACCUACCAUAAUAGGCAGCACACUUCGGGGUCGUAUGGUCAUCCGCAGUCAGAAAGUAAUGCCUGUCAACAUAACUCCCGAACAACAGGAACAGUAUGCCACAGAUCCCGAGUACAUGCCGCGGGUAGUGGAGUCCCGUUUCUUGUACCUCACGUGUGACCUUCCCCCUCCACCACUCUAUCUGGAUGAGUUCAAAGAGAGUAUCAUCCCCCAGGUUCCACUUUCUACUCUCCUAGCCAAAUUUAACGGAGUUACGGAAAAAGAGUACAAAACCCACUGCGACUCAACGAUGCGUCGCUUUUGCCUGAAAAAGCUCCCACCCUACUUGAUUCUUUUCAUGAAACGCAUUGUAAAGAAUGUCUUCACUCUGGAGAAAAACCCAACAAUCGUUAAUUUCCCAAUCAAGAGUAUUGAUUUUGGGGAGUUGCUUGAUCAGGAUGCGCGCUCCCAACACAAAUACACUAUCUACGAUUUGGUGGCAAAUGUUGUUCACGAUGGUCCACCAACGCCUGGUGCUGGUACUCAUCGUAUUUUCGUGUUACAACGAGGCACCGGAAAGUGGUUUGAGAUGCAGGAUCUCCAUGUCAGCGAGGUACUUCCCCAAAUGAUCCCGCUCAGUGAAUCGCUCAUUCAAGUAAGGAAAGCUCUCAUUAUCUUAUUGUUUUUGUGGGUGAAUUAA